AGGCCGUGUUUGAUGUGCAAGCCCAAGCCGUAGUUGUAUGCUACAUUUAUUUCUGAACAUAUUUUAAGGAUAAAGAGCAAGGUUCUACUUACUACGUCUACGGUGCCAGCAGUAGAUACAUAGUACAAAUUUCUUUUCAACAUCUUCUAGUCCCAUCUUUUUCAAACGAACAGAAGAGAAAAUCAAAAUGGCGAAGAGCAAGAGCAUGAAGAGCAAACCGGUGAGCAAGAGUCUCUCCAUCGCCAAGGCUGCGAUGGCACGCGACUUCCUAGCUGCGACAAAAGCUGAACCUGGGAAAAAAGCUGCAACCAAUAAAACUAACGAGAUGAACACUGCAGCGAAGAAAGUAGAUGCCAGUUUUUUGGCAACAGCAAGCAAAAAUCCACCAAAAGCAAAACCCCCGGCGACCUCCUCCGUGAAGAAUAAAAAACCUGCUCUUGCAGGAGGAGCGUCUUCGUCGAAGAAGCGUCCGGCUGUAGUGGAACAACCCGAGGACAACGAAUCUGACCUCGAGGAGGAGGAGUUUUCCGAUUUGGAAGAAGAGGACCUCUCGACCUUGGACGAGGAGGAGAUGUCAGAUUUAGACAUGCUAUCAGAGGAAGAAGAGGAGGAGGAGGAGGAAGCAGCACAAAGCAGAAAUACAACCGCUGCGAAAGCUGAUACCAAAGACGCUACUUCUUCAAGUAAAACCGCGAAAGGUAAAGAUUCCGCAGAAGCUCCAAAGGUGGCUACAGCCACCGACAGUACAACAAAGCAGAGCCUGUUCGAAGAUUCAGACGAGGAGGAGGAGGAAGAAGACUCCGACGACCUGAUGGACAUCGAAAAAGAGCAGGAAAACAUCGAUAAAGAGACCGCAGCGACUAAGAAGGCAGCCGCGGCUUACCAGAAGGAGGUGGUUGAAAAGAACCAGCAGGACCUGGACUUAGCGGAGAAUAGUGAGGACAAGGACUUGCUGGAAGCCGCCGCACUGGACAAAGGGUCUGAGGACGAGGGAGAAGAUGGGGAAGAGGAGGGGGAUGCAGCGGAUAAAAAAGCAGUGCCAAAAGCCAUGGAGAUGUCAAAACUGAAAGCGAAAAUGGAAAAGAACAUCGAACUGCUGAACGACUGGAGUACUUCGGAUCUUAUUUUUUUACAUGGCAUUUUUCGACACAAGGAAGAUGAUUUUUAUAUUUUGUUCUUGGUUGUGAACGAGAACGCGGCGUCGCAGCUCACAUGGUGUACGUAUAAGUGGUAGCCCAAUUGAAGAAGAUUCCUCGUUUGCAUACAAACGUUUCAAUAUGGAUUGGCUACGGAACAAGACGUUCUUCCCGACAAAAGGAAUCAAACAUAAGUAUAUCAAAACAAAACAGAAACCCUCGGCCGUGCGUCUGCGCGAACAAGGCAGGAGGUCCGGGAUGAGGUGUGCGAGCUGGUCACCAUGUACUAUGGCUACAAUCCGGAACUCGCCAAAUAUUUCCUCGACAUGUUCCCGCCGGAAGAAGCUCUCUCCUUCUUCGAGGCCAACGAGAAGGCCAGACCAGUGACCUUGAGGACCAACACUCUGAAGACGAGAAAAACCGAUCUGGCGAAGCAAUUGACCGCAAGAGGGGUCAACGUGGCGAACAUUGGCGAGUGGUGCAAUCGGGAGGGAUUGAAGGUAUAUGCAAAUAGUGACAACGUGUUCCGAUUUUCAUGAUUUAUCAUGUUUCAUCCCCAUCAUGAACAUGAAGUGGAAUCGUUUCAAUCAAUAGAAAAAGAAAAAGUUGCUGUGCAAAACAUGAACAAGCACACAGCUGCAGUUUAUUGCGUGCUAGAAUCAUAGCAAUUAUUUUCCUCCACCCCCCUCAGGUCCUCGACUCCUCCGUGCCGGUUGGUGCGACUCCGGAAUACUUGGCUGGGCACUACAUGAUCCAGGCCGCGUCGUCCUUUGUCCCGGUGCUCGCGUUGAACCCCCAGGAGGGGGAAUCCAUCCUCGACAUGGCAGCAGCGCCCGGGGGGAAGUGCACGCACGUCGGGCAACUGAUGAAAAACACAGGAACGCUCUACGUCAACGAACUGCAAAAGCAGCGACUUUCGUCUUUGACCGGGAACAUACACCGUACGAAUUUUGAAGAUUUGCUGGCUCUUAUUUCUCUUGCUGGUUUUUGGUACAAGAACUACUCGGGAUUUGCAUUUGGUUUAUUCUCUUACAUUUGCUAAUCAUGUCUUGCUAGUCCUCUAAUAAAGCACUCAUGCAUGAUAAACCAGAUAUGGCAUCCAGAUCCAACCGCAAGGAGGCCGGAAAAAUUGAAAUACGAAUCCAAAAAACAAUAGGUCUGGGCCUCACCAACACGGUGGUGCUGAACUACGACGGUCGGGAACUUCGGGACGUCCUGCCCCCACACAGCCUGGAUCGGGUCCUCCUGGACGCGCCCUGCUCGGGCGCGGGUAUCGUGGCGCGGGACCCAACGAUCAAGUCGAAGCGGAAUCUACUCGAGUUUGAACAAACCGCGCAACUGCAGAAGCAGCUGCUGCUCACCGCGAUCGACCUUUGCGACGCGAAGAAGAACGGUAUACUACCAGGGUUUUGUGUGUUGUACUAUCACUAAGGACAGACUUCUUGUAAAAUAAGUGCUCAGCACUCUAAAACUUCAACUGCUGGAAAAAUGUCGCUUGCAUGUUGCCGAUGGAAGAGAAGAUCAUACUCGACAGAUUUUUCCAGCAAUUAUCCGUAUCAAAAAUCGAUUUUAAAUCACACUACCCAGGCACGAUCGUCUACUCCACGUGCUCCGUGUCUGUCGAAGAGAACGAGAUGGUGGUUGACGCCAUCCUGAAGAAGAGGAAUGUCCGCUUAGUGGAUUUCCGGAAAGAAAUCCCCUUCGGCGUACCUGGGUUCACGUCCUACCGGGAGCAUCGGUUUGACAAAACGGUCGAGAAAACGCAACGAUUCUACCCCCACCGACACAACAUGGACGGGUUUUUCGUCGCGAAGUUCGAAAAGUUUUCCAACGAUUUGCCGAACUUGACGAAAAGAGAAAGGAAGGCAAACCCGGUGGUGCACUGGGGCAAGGACAAGUGGGAACAAAUGGCUGAGACACUUGUGGAGUACGGUGAGGAGCAGGAAGAAGUAGAUGAUGAGAACGCGGCCACGGGAGCUGCAGAAGAAAAGGAUGAAAUAAAUUCGGGCUCUGACAAGGAGCAGGACGGCGAAAAGAGAUCGAAUGGAGAUGAAAGCGCGAGUAAGAAAUCAAAGAGCAAAGUAAAGGGUAAGAUAUCAUCAUCAACAGCAGCAGGUUCUGGUUUAGUGGACCACGGAGCGAAUGCGGCGCUCGCAGAAAAGAUGAGGCUUUUCCGAAGUGGAGACAAGGCGAAGCUGAAAAAGAUGGUCGCGAAAGAGAAGAAAGGUGAGGGCAAGAAAGGUAGUUUGGGGAAAAAGAAAGUGCACAAGAAGUGACUGCAGCAACAACUUGAUGCGCUCCAAUAGCUUCUUUUGCUUCAUUUCGCAUACUAUUUUUACUGGCACUCGACCGCACCGCACUCACGCUGGUGCACCAAAAAUAGCGAGUACAGUGUAACUGACUCGAAAUUCAAAGCAAGAAUAACAUGAGGCUACUGCAGCUCUAUGAUUUAUGCAAAUGCUCAUGAUGUGAAAAUGAAAAUUGAACUACAUCAAGUUAUAGACUCAUGCAGUAGUCGAGC